AAUUCAGUAAGUGUCUUUAUUAACACAUAUAAAACACUAAUUUUUGCAGUAGAUGCAUCAGUAUAAAGAUCGCCUGAUUUCAGAGACUGCAUUAUAGUGUUACAAGUUUCAGCGCUAUUAACAGACAUGUGGUUACAGAUAACCGCUCUCUGCCUCCUGGCUAUAGGAGUACAGAGUAAUGCAGUUUUAGACACUCAUUCUCACGGUCUCGGGCACCACGGCCUCUACCCGUACGCCCAACGUUAUGGAUACUACAGUUAUCCACAUCUGUCUCAUGGCAACUAUGGUCAUUAUCUGAGCCAUGGUAGUCACCACGGUCACAACUAUGGCCAUAACUAUAACCAUGGAUACCAUGGAUACAAUUUAGGUCAUCUGGGACAUUUGGGUCACUACGGACAUCACGGAUACCUGGGCCACCACGGUUACGUGAGCCAUCACGGUCACCACGGCUACCUGGGACACCUCGGCUACCACGGUCAUUUGAAUCAUGGUUAUCACGGUCACGGACAUGGCUAUCACGGCCACUACGUUCCCCUGCGCCACGGAUACUCUCAUUUGCUUCAUGGAUAUAACCACGGAUACAACUAUGGCCACCAUCACACGCCCGUUCAUCAUGGACACCACGGCUACUACGGACCUCUUCGUCAUGAACACCACGGUUAUCACCAUGCGCCUGUUCAUCACGUUCAUCGCGUUGAUAAUCUACAUCAUGACAAUCAUGGACACAAUGUCGGACAUUUGGCCCAUGGCUAUCAUGAGCCCGCCCAUAAUGUUCAUGAACAUAAGGAACACCAUGCAUUCCCGGAGUACAGUUUCUCCUACUCUGUGCACGACCCUCACACUGGUGACGUCAAGGGUCAGCAUGAGACCCGCCACGGAGACCAAGUCGUUGGUAACUACCACCUUCUGCAACCUGACGGCCAUGUCCGUCACGUGGACUACAAGGCUGAUGAUCACCAUGGCUUCCGCGCUAAUGUCCACUACAAGUCUGUUCAUCCACAUUAUCAUCAUCAUGAUCGACAUCAUGGCCAUGGCUACGCCAAUUAAGAAUAUCGACUUCGCCAACUUUUUAUUUGACCUCGAGUAUGGAAAAGAAAUUAUUAGCUACUUUAAAUUUACAAAGUUGCAAAGGCUUUUUAUUAAAAGCAUUGAAAAAAACAAAA